AUGAAAAAUUAUGACAUAAAAAACUCUUUAAAGAAUAAUAAAAACAAUAUAUCAACUUUAGAAAAAAAAAAUGAAAUAAAUAAUAACUAUAAAAAUGUUGACAACAAUAGCAUUAAUGAUUCUAUUAACGAAAAGAAACUAGAUAACAUACAAUAUUUAAUAAAAAAUAAUGAAAAAAGAGAAGACAGAGAAUUAAAAAAUAUAUUUGAAUUAAAUGAACAAAUAGAAGAUAUAAAUUCAGAAGAUAAUAUAAAAAUAAAAGAUAAUAAAAUAGAAAAAAAUACUGAAAAAGAAGAUGAAAGAUACUUAACUUACUGUGAUGAUGGAUACUUAAGAGGUUUAUUGAAAAAUGCUGUUGUUAGUUCUAGUGUUUAUAUUUUUCUAGGAACAAAAAUAAUAUCAUUUUUAAAUGAGAAAGAAAGAUAUAUUUGUUCAUUUGCUUGUAAAUUGUUAUUUUUUGAGGUAUAUUCUUUAAAUAAUUUAAAAGAUUUAUAUAAAAACAAAUUUAUUAGCAAUGAAAAAAGAUGUUUUAUAUGGAAGGCUAUAUUACUAGCUGAUAAUACAUUUAUGAGUAAAGAAUUAUAUAAAAAGUUAAAAAAUAAGAGUAGUGAUUUUGAUAAGAUAAUUGAAAAAGAUAUAUAUAGAACUUUUCCUCAUAAUCCUUACUUUUUAAAUAAAAAGGAAAAUAUGCAAAAUAAAUUAUUAGAUAUUUUAAAAGUGUGCUCAUUAUAUUUUAAAAGUGUUGGUUAUUGUCAAGGAAUGAAUUAUGUUGCAGCUAUAUUCUUAUUAGUUUUUCAAAAUAAAUUAGAUACCAUUAGAUGUUUUAUUUCUUUAUUAACAAACUUUAAUUUAAAAGGAAUGUUUAUAUAUAAUUUCCCAGAAUUAAAAAAAGUUAUUUAUCAACUAAAUAUAUUGAUAAAAGCAUACAUACCAAGGCUAUUUUAUUUUUUUAAAAAAAAUAAAAUAAAAAUUGAUUUUUUUUGUAUUAAUUGGUUUAUGACAUUAUUUUCUCUUGAUCUUAGUCUUGAAAAUACUCUUAAACUGUGGGAUAUAUUUUUUUUGUUUGGAUUAAAAAUUUUAAUUAAGUUAAGUUUAGUUAUUUUAUAUUACCAUCAAAAAAAAAUCCUUACUAUGCCUUAUGAUGAAGCUUUAACAUUUCUUAAAUCAAUUACAAAAUCACCUUUUAUUAAUUAUCUAUUUGAUGAAAGGAACUUUUUUAAUUACAUGAGAAAAUUCAAGGUUACCAAUAGAAUUCUUAGGCAAAUAAUUAUGCUAAAGAAAAACCACGAAAAAAUAGAAAUUCAAGUAACAAAAAGGGACGGAAAGAUAAAAUGUACAGUUAUAUCAAAAAAUAAUUCUAAAAAUAAAAUAAGUAAUAAGAAUAAUUAUCACCCAAUAAAUCGUAGUAAUUCUAUUCAUAAUCAAAGUUAUUCAAAGAAUAUGAAGUAUGAUUAUGAAUAUAUGAACAUUAAAUCAAACAAAAGAAAUAUAUGUAACUCCAACGAUAAAAUAGAAAAUGAUAUAAUAAAACAUAUAAGUAAUAAUGAUAUCAAUAAAAAUGAAAAUAUUAAUUCAAAAAAAAAUAAUACAUUCAUUGAAACAAAUACAUAUUACGAUUUCAAUUUAACUAAAUCGUUUGAGUAA